CGUGGGACUGGAGCACAGCUCUGGCAGCUUUCCCAUUCCCGCUUGUUGUCCAACAUCACAAUUACUGCCCCCCUCUGACGACUGCAGUAUAACGACCGGGAUAUAACCUGGGCGAAACACCACGAGAGGGCCGGGAAAACAGCAACAACAACCCGGAAAGCAGUACCAAACGCCAAUCUGACUUUUGAGCCGCCGUUCGAUUCACGACCCCGCCACGUCACAUUGAGAGAAGCACAUACCUACUACACACUCGAGGCUCGGGCAGCAAGAAGGAAAGCAAGAUGGCUGCCGAUCCCUUUGACUCGUCACUCGACCUCCUCCGGCGGCUCGACCCCAAGCACACGAAGCGGCACCUGGACGGGCUCGUGUACCUGGUGCCCGACAUCACCGAGGACCUGCUGUCGUCGGUGGACCAGCCGCUGGCGGUGCGGCGGUGCAAGCAGACGGGGCGCGAGUACCUGCUGUGCGACUACAACCGCGACGGCGACUCGUACCGCUCCCCCUGGUCCAACCAGUUCGACCCCCCGCUCGAUGACGGGCCCGGCGCCGGGGGCGUCGGUGGGGGGCCCGGUGGCGCCGCCAACGAGGGCGCCGGCGAGGCGGCGGUCCCCGGCGAGCGGGUCCGGAAGAUGGAGGUGCGCGCCAACGAGGCCUUUGACAUCUACAGGGAGCUCUACUACGAGGGCGGCGUCUCGAGCGUCUACCUGUGGAACCUAGACGACGGGUUCGCAGGGGUGGUGCUGCUGAAGAAGGCCUCCCCCAGCGGCGGCGGCAGCGAGGGCGUGUGGGACUCGAUCCACGUCUUCGAGGCGAGCGAGCGCGGGCGCACGACAAACUACAAGCUGACCUCGACCGUGAUCCUGACGCUCUCGUCGGCCGGCAACCCGGCCCUGGGCGACAUGGACCUGAGCGGCAACAUGACGCGCCAGCUCGAGCAGGACCUGCGCGCGUCCGACGACGAGUCGCACAUUGCAAACAUCGGCCGUCUCGUCGAGGACAUGGAGCUCAAGAUGCGCAACCUGCUGCAGGAGGUCUACUUUGGCAAGGCCAAGGACGUCGUCGGCGACCUGCGCUCGCUCGGCAGCCUGAGCGAGGGCCGGCGCGACAGGGACGCGCAAAGGGAGCUUAUUGGGAGCAUGCGGAGGUGAUUCUUUUGGCAUGCAUAUCUUCUUGUUCAUGUUCCAAUCUCUUCUUUUGACAUUAUUCUUGUUCAUCUUCCCAUUUCCUUUCCUCUCGAGAGAACCCGAGGGGAGUGCGGGAUUUGCCUUGCAUGUGCAUCCGAGUCUAGGUGCGCAACCGCCGAAGCUUUGAUACGAGGUCCAGGGGGAACAAAGGACGGCCCCCCCUCGUCCAUCCCAGAAUCACAAGAGGAAUCGACCGAGGCCUUGGGAAAAUAAGAGCAGAAAACGAAUGAUGACGACCAUGACGAUUUGUUGAACAUUACGGCGCUUGCAACGCAUGAUGAAAGAAAGAGGGGCCGGCGGGAGCCAACCUCGGGUGGCCUGAGAAAGUGGUGAUGUUUCAGUCUCUCGUGUUCCCGCUGGUCUUGGGGGAGGGCGGCCGUCCGUGUGGGGAGGGUACGGGCGGGCUGAAGUGGAAGGAGGGCCGCGUCUUGUCGGUUUCCAAAAGCUUCGCUUGAGCUCCCAAAUGCAGCCCUGAGACUCUUCCCUUUCCCCCGUCUCUCCCUCCCCUAUUUUGAUGCAGGAUGGGAGCAUGUCCCUGAUAGACAGGUUUUGACGAUGAAAAAGGGGACCUAAAUCUCGGGACAAUGCAGGCUCAAAGUAACCCAAACGCAGGAAAAAUAAAAAUGGGUCUUCCCUGCCAUGGUGCGUGGUGACGGAGGUCUGCUCGGGGAGACCAAGGCAGAGGGGAAAUGAGACGGUGGUAACGCCGAGGAGAAGAGCCGGCGAGGCGCGACACGGAAAUCGGGAAGAAAAAAGUCAAAUGUAAAAAUAACCCACAGCCCACACACCACAACACGGCGGUAUGGAAUGAUGUACAGAGGUAUUUCCCAGGUCCCCCUUCCGUCUCUCGGGUGGGUUGGGUGAUGUGGAAUUGGACGGGAGGAGUGGACUUGGAAAUGGAUGGAUGGAGCCGCGGGCUGGGAUCCAAAUGGCUCGUGGGUGGAUGACUUGCAUAUGCGGGGCGGGUGGGUGU